AUGUCGUCGCUAUCUAGGGCCUUCACCACCCGCAGGGUGAAGCAGAGCAUCGACGUUGCCGCCGCGGCCAACAAGGCCAACAAGGAGAAUGGCCCCCAACGAAGCAAGACCACCAAGACUCCUCAUGUUUCAGUCCGGCACCAAAUCUCAGCACCCGUCGAGUUGAUUCACACCACCAACAUGCUAUCGUACAAUGCGCCAGAUAUCUCUCGGAACACCUCAAGCAGCAACUCGACCAAGUCUGCCAAAUCCGCCAAGUCUUCAGACGAAGAGCCAGACAGCCCGAGCACUGUCGCUUCCACGCCUCCCACCAGCCCUGAUGUCGACCGCGAUGAGCAAUCCAAGUCUUUGCAGCCCAAUCAUCUCUCCUGCUACUUUGUCGCACCGGUAUCAGCAAAGGAUUACGUUGUACCCGAAGUUCCUCCUGUACCUGCUAUCCCCAAGCGAUCCCCUUCUCACACCAAGAAGGCGUCUUACGACGCUAUCGCCCGUCAACGAUCAAUCUCAGCCAUGUCACGGGACUCUGAUCACACUCUCUCUACCAAGGCCAGCUUUAGCUACUCAAGGACAUCGUCCGCCUCGACCGCCGCAUCCACUAUGUCUCACAACUCCAUGACGCCCAGCAUCAAGCCGCCAGUUCCUUCUAUUCCUCCUGUCGCGUACCAACAGCAACAGAAGCCUGCCAUCAUCGAAUCGCAUCCUUUUGGUCGUGAGCUGGCUCAAGUUUCUGAGAUUGCUGAGGACUACGGCAUCAAGCACUCCAUUCUCGACGAAGAGGAGCAGGCGCUGAAGGCGCAGGGUCUUUACAAGCACAGCGCCGAGGACUACAUGGGUGAAGUGCAGAGCCUCUUCCAUGCCUUCUUCCAGGAAAGCUACGCGCAGCCGCAGUCGCACGCCAGGCCGGCGGCAGCGGAAAUGUGGAUCUAA